AUGGUGUACAUAGACUAUGGUGUUAUCGCUCAGUCGUUGUCGGAAUUUGGCUAUUUUAUGCCCGAAAGUGACGCGUUAAUAGACAAAGUGAAUUCGCUGGCAACUGAGUUCAACCUCAGUGUGGAUGACUUUGUCGAUGAGCUACUCGCAUCGGCAGUGAACAUGAAGAGGUCGGAGAUCGAUCUUGGCAUUCUUGAACAUAUGGAAGCGAGACUGAGUAAAAAACUGAAGAAAAGCCUCGAUAGAGUGCUAACACCUUCUUCUUCAAAGUCAAAGAGGACUUUUGGAGAACGUAACGUAGAUGAAUCCUCUCUUAGUGUUUCUUCUAUGGACGUUGACACUUCUACCCACGAAAAUUUCGGCUCUACUCAGCUUACCGGCAAAUAUCGUGCAUUUGCACCCGUAGCAUCAUCACCAUCAAAUGCGAAGUACCAAGCCAGAAUGGAACGAAACGUUGUUGUACGAGAAGUGCAAGGCCAGAUGUUCGUGAGCAGUUCAGCUGUGGGGAGUUCUAUUCGAAUCACUAUACUCUCGGUUAUGCCAUCCCAUUUAUAUGCAUUGGAUAAGGCGCCAAACGUAAUUGACGCAAAAUGCGGGCGCUUGGCCAGCUUCGCUGCAAGGUGUCGUCAAGCGAAUUCUGAAAUCUCCAGCUGGUCUAUUCCUGUACCAGGCUCUUCGAGCUCUGAGCAUGUCUAUGGCGAGAUCGUGAGAGAUCUGUCUGAGGAUUUACCACUAAGUGACCAAUGUGUCUCAUUAAUGAUGGAUGAUGAAGCGGGUACGGUGAUUAAACUAGACCUUAGUCGUCUACCUGAAGUAGUGGCACUGCUUGGUUCAUUUGAGAAUGGGGAUCGUUUCAUGGCAACUCGUCAGUUUUUUCCUAAUGCUUUGCCUUUGUCAACUUUUGAACGAACUGCAAAUGAAGAAAAUCUCCGUUUAUGGUGCGCUUGUGGACCGUUCACUUCAAAUGAAAAUUGUUCGUACGAACAGCUCUGUGAUCUCCUUGACAUGGUUAAACAGCAGCAACCAAAUGUUCUUGUUCUGCGUCUUCAUUCAGUGCCAGAGCCUUGUGUUGUUCGCAUUAACGGGGUCGAGUUAGCUCUCACCAGCAGUGAGAUAAUAUCACAUCUCAGCAAAAGCGAGUGGCAUCGCUCAGAAGAUCAAGAGAAUCGUGAUAGGAUAGCCCGCCUUGCUUCUCAUAUCUUAGAGCAGGGUUCUUUGUACCCUCUCUUUCCACCAGCACUUCCAACUUCAAUAGAAGAGUGCGUAAAAGUUUGCAGCUUACGUAGUGCACCGCAUGUGAUUGUUUGUCCUUCUGUAUUAGCCUCAUUUAUCAAGACAAUAAACAAGACACUGAUUGUGAACCCUGGAAUAGCAGCGCGUGGAGCUACUGGGACUUUCUUACGUUGUGAAUUUGCGACUUCAAUAGUAGAAGAUGUAACAAACCUCGCCGAUGGUUCAAGAUUUGAGAUUGUUCGUUUUUAA